UAGCAGUUGGAUAGACACGAGCAAGAGACAGAUGCGUUCCCCCGCAAGACACACAGACAUACUUCAAAGAAGGACCCCCGACAUUAUUACGGGACGUCCGUGUUCGUUAACCAAUCACUUACGGAGUAAAAGUCUUAAUUAUUUAUAAUUAACCGAGGAACACACGGUGGAAAGUGGCUUGAACCUCUUGGGAUUGAGAACAGAGCACGUUGAUUGGAUGACGUACAGUUCAACACAGGUACAUGUUUAUAAAAAGAGGGAUUCUACUACGAUGAUUACCAAAAUCGAUGAACUCAUUGUAGAGGAUAAAUGCAAAGUAAUUCUGACACUGUUUCAUAAAACAUUAAAGAAUUCCUGGUAUUAGAAUCGCGUCUUAUUUCUGAAAUCAGAUCACUAGAUCUGUCCCAGGGGCCAGAUAGAAAUCGGUUUCUCGGAAUAAUUUGCAUUAUACAUUAAAUAACCUCGAAACGAACUCACAAUAGACUCAUAUAGCGAUUCAUCAAAAAUUGUGGAUUUUGGUUCACUAUUGAGACAGAUAUAUUGACGCUGGCUUUGCCGUGGAUUCUGUGUUUGGUUUUUAUGAUAUAACAAGGAAUUAGAUGAUUAAUUUUUAAAAAUUGGCAUCGACCGACAUUUGGUGUGAUGAACGGUGUCAAAUGUACGGUAAAACAGCAGCCUGUCCGCCAUGAAACACCUCCGGAUACCACUAUUAAUGAGUCGAAGGCAGCAAUUAACGAUAUUAAAUUUGUCGAGCAACACAUUUUUGACGCCACAGAGCAGACCUGAUGAUAAGGAAGAGAAAAUCGCUGUCAAAUAGGUUUUUGUACUGAGGGAGUAAUGAUAGUAUUUGUCUUCUCUUCUGGCGAUUUAAAUGUAAUGUUGCAGCAUAUUGAACCCAAUGUUACAACCACAUUGGAGGCGACCCCACAAUGUAACCUUACCCGGCCCAAUGGACUGUUAUCUGGAAGCUCGUUUCUGAUACCCGUGGUUGUGAUACUAUCGUGUGUUGUUGGGGUGACGAUAUUCGGAAACCUUCUCGUCAUCAAAACAGUGACCAAGCGUCAUCAAUACAAACAAAGAACCAAUCUCUUUGUCAUCUCUCUGGCCUUUGCAGACCUUGGAGUAGCGCUGUUUGUGAUGAGUUUCUCUAUUCUACACCAAUGUAGCGACUUUGCGUGGCUACAUCACAAAACGACGUAUCUUAUGUACUGGGGACUGGACGUCAUGUUAACGACGACGUCAAUUCUACAUUUGACGUGUAUGACAGUGGACCGUUACGUUGCGGUGACGCAAUCAUUCAGAUAUUACCAAAUAAUGAAGAACCGACGGGUCUCGCUACUUCUAUUCCUCUGCUGGUUUCUUCCGGUGUUAAUGUCUUUGGGCCUUAUGCUGAUUAAAUACGACCAAUUCAGUGCCCCGUCGGAAAACUGUCAAGUAUCGUACAUUUUUAGAGUGAACGCUCUCUGUGCCAUCAUAGCGUCAUUCGCUUCUUUUUAUUUACCGUCUAUAUUCAUGAUCGUCUGCAACAUAAAAAUAUUUAGAUUUAUUAGAAAAAGAGGGAAAAAACUUCCAGAACUGACCGCAAACUAUGUCAAAACUUCCCAGCGAGAUCAACAGAUGCAGAACGAAGUUCGGGUGGCUCGGACAAUUGCGAUUCUUCUCGGAUGCUUCCUGGUGUGUUGGCUUCCGUUUUUCACUGUGAACAUAAUAGAGCCAUUUUUUGGCUAUUAUUUACACGAAGGGACAUGGCUUGUUAUCACGUGGUUAGGGUACAUCAAUUCGACAGUCAAUCCGUAUUUGUAUUAUUUCUUAAAUCGAAAGACUAAGGAGAGGAAACACAGUGAUACUUUGAAGUGCUUGAAAAAUACAAUGCAUCAAUUAAACAUGAUACAGCCGCGAAGAAAGAUUUAUUCCUUGUCAAGUUAUUCUGUGCAAAACACUCGUUUGUGAUUCUAUUAUGAUUAAAACGGAAAUUGAAAAAAAAAAACCCUGCGUGAGUGUCUCAAUUUUGUCAUAUCAUUAAAAAAAAGUGCAUGUUUACAUUUAAUUAGGUGAGAUGUCUGGAGCUCAAACUAUAGAAACUUUCAAUUAGUUGAAUUCUAAAUUUGUUUACCCCACUUCGUUUCCUGAUGAGUAUUGAAACGUAAGCGUUUAGUUUGAGCAUGUUUUGUCAAGGUUUUGUUGAUGUGGUGAGUGCUUACUGACGCUGGUGAUGGAAUUUGACUUGCAUGAACAUCAGCAUUCAAACAUGACACACCAUUUACUGUACCUACAGAUCAGAACUACAUUGUAUAAUACGGCAGGCAUGUCCGGUAUUUCAUGAAUGAAUUCAGUUUUGUGUUUUAUUCUCACUGCAAGACAAACUUAAUGCAGAUAUAUGUAUAGAAAUUUUAAAUAGGAAAUUUCUUGGGGGUAUUGCCAACAAUGAAAAUAUGUAUGAAGAUGAGAUUAAUUAUCACACUUGUAAAUUAGACAUUUAAAGUACGUGCAAAAAACAAAAACAAAACAAACAAACAGAAGUAGUUAUUGCCCAGCACGUGUAAUAUAUCAUUUAUAUAUUUUCUAGAUAUAUUAUCCAAAAAUAGGGUUUAGGGUUUAGGGUUAUUUCGGUCAGAAGUCUUUUGGUCAAAUUGUUUCUUCUGAAACGACCAAAACAAUUACAAUUGUCACUUAAACAACUUUCAAAACAUUAAAAAAGUUGCUUUUUUAAAACGAUUUUUCACUUCGUCGUUCCAUGAGUAUAGAAGAACUUGUUUGAUAAAAAAUUGUUUGGAUAUCCUUCAAAUCCAUGAAUGUAAAAAAAAAAACAAAAAAAAAACUAAAGCCUUUCUAUCACCACAACUUCAUAAUAUUUGACCGUGUAUAGGAAAAACAACAUAUACUAGGUCAAGACUCCAAACUGAUCCCAUUGUGAUAAGCCAAUGUAUUAAAUGAACGCAAGCAAUUAAGAAGUGAUAAUUAAAAAAAACAUCCAACUGUGAACAGACCAAGGUUAUUCAACCUUUUCUCUCUGGAAAAGAGGGUAUGAACAACACAAACAAAUGAGUAUGAUCAUAUACAUCGAAGCCAUGCAAUUUUGAGAAUUAUAGGAAAUAGUUCACUAGAGAGACAAAUCACGGGAGUCCUAUUUAUAUUGUUUUAAAGGUUGCCCCAUUAACCAUCAUCGAAGUAAAAUAUACAUUACGUUAUGGUUGUAGAACACAUUAAAUCAAUAAAAUAUUCUAAUUUAUAUGUUGUAAAUUUCGAUGAAAAUCAGAUCGUUCAUCACUUUAAACUCAUCACAAAAUGCAUUACAAUAUCUAUGUUUGGUGUACAUUACAUGUAAUAUCAUUUUGACGGAGCAAAUCCCUCAUUACAUUGACAACAACAAUAUAGAUAGGAAUAAAGAAUGUAUGAUAUUUUUUAAUUUGCAAAAGUUGAUUUUAAAAAAUCAGGCUUUAUGUUUAUAAAUAGCGAAAAUGUACAUGGAUAUAAAAAAAAAUUGUAUCACUGAAGAAAUAGAAUAAAUUGA